ACGUUGUCAUGUAAGUGAUAUCCACUUAUAGAAUAUGAUUUAAACAUACACUUUACAUAUUAUCGUGGUCCGGUUUCAAAGUUGAAUUGCAGAAAUAUAUCGGCAUGCUGGUGAUAUUAGUGCAGUGUGUGAAAAUAUGUUGUAUCGAAGAGUGGUGUACGUUUAAAGGUUAUGCCAUGAUACAAGACGGUUAAAAUAUUUUGAUAAAAAGAACGAAUUCGUGUCAAUGUAAAUAACAAUUGGCACCGAUACGAAGUUUUCAAGUCAUGGCCGAUGAGGGAAUUAUUACAAAUGCAUCGACGUACGAAUAUCAUAUGGUGAACGCAGAAAACGCUCAAAACACUUCUAAAGAGCAACGAAUAAACGGCAAAAUGCUUUCCGAUAUGAGAUUAGUUAGCAAAAGUGACUGGCUUGCAGUGGGAGUGUUGUGUUUCGUAAAUCUCAUAAACUAUAUGGACCGUUUUACAAUUGCUGGAGUGUUGACAGACAUAAAAAAUGAUUUUAACAUGAGAAAUGAUCAGUCUGGGUUACUUCAGACUGCAUUUAUAUUAAGUUACAUGGUGUUUGCACCAUUGUUUGGGUACUUAGGAGAUCGUUAUAACAGGAAAAUUUUAAUGAGUUGUGGUGUAUUUUUGUGGUGUUUGACAACAUUUAUUGGCUCGUUCAUGAAGACAUUUAACACGUUUCUCUUAUUCAGAGCUCUUGUUGGAAUAGGUGAAGCUAGUUACUCCACAAUUGCUCCAACAAUAAUAAGUGACUUAUUUGUUAAAGAUAUGCGUUCUAAAAUGCUUGCAAUGUUCUAUUUUGCAAUACCAGUUGGAAGUGGCUUAGGAUAUAUAACAGGUGGUGAGACAUCAAGAGCCACUGGUGCAUGGCAAUGGGGUUUACGUAUUACUCCAUUAUUAGGCAUAGUAGCAAUUAUUUUAUUACUUACAGUAGUAAGAGAUCCUAUUAGGGGAGAAAGAGAAGGUGGUGUUUACUUAACAAAUACUAAAUGGUCAAAUGAUGUCAAAGCAUUAUUAAAAAAUCCAAGUUUUAUGCUCUCAACUGCUGGAUUCACAUGUGUAGCAUUUGUUACUGGUGCAUUAGCUUGGUGGGCUCCAACAUUUUUACAAUUAGGAUUUGCAUUACAUUCUAAUGCACAUAAAGUUGAUGCAGAUGAUGUAGCAUACAAAUUUGGAUUAAUAGGAAUGGCAGCUGGUUUAAUAGGUGUACCACUGGGUUCAUACUUGGCUCAGAAGUUAAGAGUACGAUGGAAACGAGCUGAUCCUUUAAUAUGUGCUGCAGGACUUCUGAUUAGUGUACCACUAUUAUUCUUUGCAACUAUAACUGCCAAUACAAAUUCUGUGUUAUGUUACACAUUAAUAUUUUUUGGACAGUUAUCAUUAAAUGUAAAUUGGUCUAUUGUAGCAGAUAUAUUGUUGUAUGUAGUAAUACCCACAAGGAGGUCUACUGCAGAAGCUUUCCAGAUACUAAUUGCCCAUGCUUUUGGAGAUGCAGGAAGUCCUUACCUUAUUGGUUUGUUAUCAGAAGGACUGAAAACGGUUCUUCUUCCAAACUUGAGUAUAGGUAGUGGAACGAAUCAGGUGCCACACGAAAUUAGCGAUACUUUCCUGGAAUUUCGUAGCUUGCAAUAUGCGUUGUUUUUAACGAUGUUUGUGGAGGUCAUUGGAAGCCUGUUUUUCUUCUUAACAGCAUUAUAUAUAGAAAAAGACAAAGCUCUAGUCGAUCUCAUGAUCGCAGGUCCAAAUACUUCAGAUUCGACGUAUAUAUGUAACGAUGAAGUUGAAAAUGAAACACAAGAAGAUAUGCACGAAUCAUGAUGGGAAAUAUCAUAGACAUUGUUUGAUUAAUUACAAUUUAUUAAUUACAAGUAAAUUAUGCAAAACGUUGAUGCGUAGAUAUCACCCCAACGAAUAUUAACUAAUUAUGCGUAAGCGACUAUUUCGAUUCUGAAUGAGCAAUUAUUAUGUCGUAAUACGACUGACACAAUGAUAAAAUGUUCUGUGAAUGCAGAACGUAUAUAACAAAGAACAGUUUUAAAGGUUUUGUUAGUUUGUAAUUAUCCUCAGAAAUGUAGUUCUGUUAAUAAUGUACAGAAAUAUUGAGCUUGACGGGGAUUACAUUUCG